GGGCGUGGCGGGAUCCGGCGCUGCCAUGGCGCUGAACCUCAGCAAGAACGGGCGGGCGCUGCAGGAGGCCUACGGGAGGGUGGUGGCGGCCGGCAGCCCCACCGACUGGGCUCUGUUCACCUAUGAAGGCAACAGCAACGACCUGCGCGUGGCCGGCAGCGGGGAGGGUGGCCUGGAGGAGAUGGUGGAGGAGCUGAACAGCGGCAAGGUGAUGUACGCCUUCUGCAGGGUGAAGGACCCCAACUCCGGCCUGCCCAAAUACGUCCUCGUCAACUGGACAGGUGAAGGCGUCAACGAUGUGCGGAAAGGAGCCUGUGCCAACCACGUCAGCACCAUUGCCAGCUUCCUGAAGGGUGCCCAUGUGACCAUUAACGCUCGAGCAGAGGAGGACGUGGAGCCUGAGCUCAUCAUGCAGAAGGUGGCCAAGGCCUCGGGGGCCAACUACAGCUUCCACAAAGAGAGCAGCCGCUUCCAGGAUGCUGGGCCACAGGGCCCUGUGGGCUCUGUCUACCAGAAAACCAACGCCAUGUCCGAAAUCAAGCGGGUCAACAAGGACCACUUCUGGGCCAAAGCCGAGAAGGACGAGGAGAACAGACGCCUGGAGGAGAAGCGGCGCGCGGAGGAGGAGCGGCAGCGGCUGGAGCGUGAGCGGCGUGAGAGGGAGCUGCGGGAGGCGGCGGGGAGAGAGCAGAGGUUCCAGGCGCGCUCCAGCCAGAUCGAGGCCCAGAAGAGGCUGCAGCAGGAGGCGGAGAGGCGGGAGCAGCAGCAGUGGAAGGAGCAGCAGCAGGCAGAGGAGCACGAGGCCGGGCAGCGCCGCAGCGUCCGGAGGAGCGAAUCAGUGGAGAAAGCCCAGGAGGCAGCGUCGCUCAUCGCACAGCGCCCGGGGAACCCGCGGGACAUCUUUGUGCAGAGGGAGCGGGCGGUGCCCGGGGACACUGCGGCCGCUGCACAGCCAGGCAAACUGCGCAGCCCAUUCCUGCAGCGGGAGCAGGACGAGGUGCCAACCCCCACCCCCACCACCCCGGACCCCUCACGGGUGUCAGCUGCAGGGCACAACGUGAGCCCCAUGGGGACCCACAUGGAUGGGGAGAACGUGUAUGAGGAUGCAGCUGACAGCACAGCCAUCUACGAGGAACCCCCGCAGGACCAUGAUGAUGGAGCUCAGUAUCAGUACCCGGGUGGGUACCAGCAGGAGCCAGAGCUGGCGGGGAAGGGGCUGUGUGCCCGCGCACUCUACGACUACCAGGCGGCGGAUGACACCGAGAUCUCCUUUGACCCUGAGAACAUCAUCACCAACAUUGAGAUGAUCGACGAGGGGUGGUGGCGGGGCUACGGCCCUGACGGCCACUUCGGGAUGUUCCCCGCCAACUACGUGGAGCUGCUCGAGUGAGGUCAGUGGGGUGGGCAGCGUCCGGAACCCCCCCACCAGCACUGGUUCUUCCGAGCAGCACCGGCUUCCUGCCUUCCUCCCCCCUCCCCCAGCACCGUGCUGUGCCCCCCGGAGCCCCCAGCGCUCUCUGGGGGGCGAUGGCAGCGCCCUGCCGUGCCCCCCCCGCCCCAAGAUGUGAGUGCUGCCUGCCCCAUUCACUGUGAAGGAGGAAGAGCGCGGUGCAGCGACGGCCUUCCUCCCCCCCUCUGGUUUGCUUUGGGAUCAAGGAUGCGGUGGCUGUUGGCCGCGGGUCAAUAAAAGGGCUUUCUUUGGUGUCAGGA